UUUAAACUUUAAUCUACGACGUCGUUGUUUUACACUUGAUUAAUUAUUAUGUGUCAGUUCAAAGUCUAUUUUACAAACAGCAAGUUUAUGGAACAAUGUUUCAUAUAGUUGCUGUAACUACCUAAAUAGGCAUUGCUAUUAUGCCAUUGUUUAAAGAGUGCAGUGAGUGAAUUAUUUGUGGAAAACUAAAAAGAUAAAGAUAAAACAUUAGCUAUAAGUGCAAACAAAUAUUUUCGUUAGUGUCUCUUAUCAAUGUAGAUAACGUGCUAUAUUUUAUUUUUAUUCCGUAAGGAUAUAUUAUUUAUUAAUUAUUCUCAUUAUUGCAAUUUUACAUAUUUACAUGUACAAGUUUUUUAGUGUUCAAUUAAAAAUUUAAAUGUUUUGAAGUGUGAAUAUUUAUUGGUAACUUUUUAAUUACCUACAAUUGGAGUAUAAUGGCCCAUAUUUUUCGCCGUUCAGCUUACCAAAUUAUUUAUAAAAAUAAAUUAUUAUUAUCUCCAUCAUCUCGUCAAAAAUCUACUGAAGCUAAUAUACUUAAGUCUGUAUAUAAAGAUUUCGAAUUAACCUGUCAAACGGUCAGAGAUUUUGCAUGGCAAAACUUGGACAGAUGGCCAGACAAAACUUUAACAGUAUGUGCCGUGACUGGUCACGGUUACACUUAUGCUCAAUCAUACAGGAUGUCUAUUUGUUUCGGUGCAUCAUUACGCAGUAAACUAAAAUUACAGAAUGAUGAUAAAGUGGCGGUAAUUUUGCCAAAUGUCCCUGAAUAUCCUUGUGUUGUGUUAGGUAUUCUUGAAGCUGGAGGUAUUGCUAGUAUAAUGAAUCCUGCUUAUACACCACAUGAAUUAAAACAUCAAUUAAAACUAAUUGAAUGCAAAGCAAUAGUCUCCUCUAAGCUGUCUUAUCCCAACAUAGUACUAGCUCUAAAAGAGAUAAAUUUGAAUAUACCUAUCAUAUUAAUAGACAAUGAUGUACCGGAAAAUACCAUAAAGUUUGCAGAAUUUGCUGAAGAUUUGAAUAUAGAUACAGAUUGUUUGAAAAAAGUAAAAAGAACUGCUAAGGAUCUAGCCAUUUUACCAUUUUCAAGUGGCACAACUGGUUUCCCUAAAGCAGUGGAGCUGACACACGAAUGUUUAAACACAAUGAAUGAAAUGAUAUUAGCCCCAGAAGUAAUUGGUGUAGAAGAAGCUAGUGGUUCCUUCCAGUCAGUAACACCAGCAGUGUUGCCAUUUUUCCACAUCUUCGGUUUCAACGCACUGAUGUUGAAUCUAAUGUCAAGAGGUAUUAAGUUGGUGACAAUGCCAACAUUCAAGGCUGAUCUUUUCCUCGAAACUAUUGUUCGACACAAAGCGAAUCAUUUGUAUGUCGUUCCGCCAAUGAUGGUAUUUUUGGGCAAACAUCCAGCGGUGACUCCGAAAUACCUGGAAACAAUACAGGGAAUUAUUUGCGGAGCCGCCCCCAUUUCUAGUCACGACGCGAGUGCAGUUCUCAAUAAAAAUAAAAAUAUCAUCUUCAGGCAAGGCUAUGGUCUAACAGAGACCUGUGGCGGGAUAUCUGUGGGAAACAAAACUGAUGCUAAUCACGCGUCAGUGGGUCAUGUAUUCGGGGGUGCUGAAGUGAAGAUAACAGAUCUGAACACCAUGGAGGCCUUGGGGCCAGGACAGGAAGGUGAAAUCUAUUAUCGAGGUAAGAAUCUUAUGAAUGGAUAUUAUAAAAACGUUGAAGCGACUAAAGAAGUGAUGACUGAAGACGGCUGGUUCAAAACUGGUGACAUUGGGAAAUAUGAUGAGAAUAAAUAUUUGUACGUUACUGAUCGGUUAAAGGAACUUAUAAAGGUUAAAGGAUUCCAAGUACCACCUGCUGAACUAGAAAUGGUUCUCCGAACUCAUCCCAAGAUCCUCGACUGUGCAGUUAUGGGUGUCCCUGACCCAAUCUCAGGGGAGGUACCGAAGGCAUUUGUGGUUACACAAGCUGGGGAAUGUUUGAAGAGUGAGGAGAUUUUAGAUUACGUUAACAGCAAAGUUGUGUCUUUUAAGAAUAUCAAAGAUGUUCAAUUCGUUGAAGCAAUACCUAAGAAUUCAGCAGGUAAGAUAUUGAGGAAGGAAUUGAAAGCGAAGUAUUGUUAGCGAUCAGUUUUGACGUAAUACGGUUAAAUUGUAAAAAUACACUCACACAUAUACAACGCGCCAUUAUUUUUUAAAUAUUUACUUUAGUAAUAAAGCAAAGAUACAACGACGUA